UAUAUUCAUCCGCCACCACGGAACUAAAUGGGGUUCUAGUUAUUGAAAAAAUUUAUUCGAUCGUGGUCAGUUUGUUUUCUGCUCUGGUCUGGUGCAGUGGGACAGUGUGCCAUCAAAUACACAUGUAUGAAGGUUAUUUUCGACCAAUUCGUCCACUGUGGCCGGUAUAAAUUGAUUGUGCAUGAGUGGAGAUGGAAGAUAAACAGAACUGCAAGAGUAACCUUUAUCCAUUUCUGAGAACAAUGACAGCUCCAUCAAGCUCUUACAACAAAGAUUUCUUGGUUCAAAAUUUCAAUAACUCAUCAUCUUCUGACUACCAGAGGAGAUUUAAUAGGACACAGCUUCAUGGUAAACGAAAGUGUGCAUCUGAAAGUUUGUUCCAUCCUGUGACAAAACAACAAAUAACAGAAGCAAGAAUUGCAUCUUCCAUGCAAAGGUUAAGUUUACUCAAUGAUGACAAUUCUGCUGCAGUACCAAACACAAACAGAAAUUCUGAUGAAGGAUUUUUUGAAGACAGCGAGAAGUAUGAUUUCAACAUUGAGUCAGAUGAAGAAGAUCUGUCAAGUGAAUCAAACAGUCCUUCUGAACUUCCUGGAUUUAGACUUGCCCCAGGUGUGUUAAAGCAUCUAAAAGAGAAUACGCGAGAUAUUUUACCAAAACAUGUUUUUGAUUCAGUAAAUACAAAUUAUUUGGCAGUCAUACCUUACACACCACCUACCGAUAUUCGUAUAAAUUUCCAUAAGAAGAAAGACGCAACUAAUGAAAAACAAGAAUCAGAAAUUGCGAGUGCUACUGUUGGUGUAUCUCCAAAAGUGAUUUCUGAAAAUGACAAUGAGAUGUUUGCAGCAUGGGAAGAGAUUGAGGAUGUUGACAUGAUCAGUUGAUGAAUUAGCUUGUUUAAGUUCUAGACAAAAUUAUUCUUUAUUAUCAAGGUCUUGAAUGAUUUGCAGGCAACAGGAAGGCUGCAGAGUUAUUGCUGAUGCUACAGCUAGCAACAAAAUGCAAUGUAACCAAGUACAUAAGACAUGGAAGUGAUAGAGACAUGCUUGAAACUUGAGCAAGACAUUUUGCCACUUAUUAUAAAAGGAGUUAAAAUAUUCUAGUGAUUUCUAAUAUUCUAAUUUAUGUUUUUGUAGAAUAAAGUUACACAGAAAAAAGACAAUACUUUUAAAAAAAUAUGCAAUAUAUAGCAGCAUUGAACCUGUA